AUGGACGACCAGAUGCGGUCAUCUGCAACCGGCAGUGUCGUCUUUCAGGUCUACCGGGGGGCAAUAUUGUUUCAUUUUUGCAGUUGCACGUCGAAGUACGUCGGAGAAUACUGCCAGCACCUUAACCCGUGCCACACGGGGAAGGGGCCGGGACCGCGGUGCCAGAACGGGGGCUCGUGCCAGGUCCGGAUCGGCUCCGGGGGCGUUCCCAGUUUCGAGUGCCUUUGUCCGUUGGGGUUUAGCGCGUCGCUAUGCGAGAUACCGAUAGCCAACUCGUGCGAUCGCCGCCCCUGCCUCAACGGCGGUACUUGUACCCUGAGGUCGCUCGACUCGUACCAGUGCUCGUGCGCGCCAGGAUAUACGGGUAAACACUGCGAGAAGCAGGACCACUGCGCCUCUCAGCCGUGCAGGAACGGCGCGGUGUGCGUAUCGGUCGGCGACUCGUACCAGUGCACUUGCGCGCCUGGUUUCGCUGGAGCCGCUUGCAAGGAGGACAAGGACGAGUGCAAGCAGAAACCCUGCAAGCACGGCAAGUGCCACAACACCCACGGGAGCUACACAUGUACCUGCAACGAAGGAUAUACGGGUCAAAACUGCGAGAGCGAGUAUAUACCGUGCGAUCCCAGUCCCUGUAGCAACGAGGGACUGUGCCGGCCAGGCGAAAAGCACACCUACACCUGCGACUGUCCCUCAGGUUUUAGGGGGCCCAACUGCGAAGAAAAUAUCGACGACUGUCCGGGACACCAGUGCCAAAACGGAGCGACCUGUAUCGACGGCGUCAACUCUUACACGUGCCAAUGUCCGUCCACCUACACCGGCCAUUACUGCGAACAGGACGUCGACGAGUGUUCCCUGCGGCCGUCAGUAUGCCAAAAUGGCGCCACGUGCACCAACAGCGUCGGCGGUUUCUCCUGUAUCUGCGUCAACGGCUGGACCGGACCCGACUGCUCCGUAAACAUCGACGACUGCGCAGGAGCCGCCUGUUUCAACGGCGCCACCUGUAUCGACAGGGUCGGUAGUUUUUACUGCCGAUGUACCCCGGGAAAAACCGGUCUCCUCUGCCACUUGGACGACGCCUGCACGAGCAACCCCUGCCACGCGGACGCCAUUUGCGACACGAGUCCGAUCAACGGCUCGUACACUUGCAGCUGCGCCUCCGGCUACAAGGGCGUCGACUGCUCCGAAGAUAUAGACGAAUGCGAACAAGGAUCGCCUUGCGAACAUGACGGUAUAUGCGUCAACACGCCCGGUAGCUUCGCGUGCAACUGCACCCAAGGCUUCACCGGUCCACGAUGCGAAACGAACGUCAACGAGUGCGAAUCGCAUCCCUGCCAUAACGACGGCUCCUGUCUGGACGAUCCCGGCACGUUCAGAUGCGUCUGCAUGCCAGGUUUUACGGGUACCCAAUGCGAAAUCGACAUCGACGAGUGCAAAGACAAACCGUGCCUCAACGGCGGCGUCUGCCACGACCUCAUCAACUCUUUCAAAUGUACCUGCGCGAUCGGUUUCACCGGGUCCCGAUGCCAGAUCAACAUCGACGACUGCGUAUCCGCGCCUUGUCGCAACGGCGGCCUCUGCCACGAUUCCGUAGCAGGAUACACGUGCGAGUGCCCGCCCGGAUUCACCGGACUUUCCUGCGAAACUAACAUCAACGACUGCCAAUCUUCGCCGUGUCACCACGGCGAAUGCAUAGAUGGAGAAAAUUCUUUUUCCUGCACGUGCCAUCCGGGAUACGCGGGGUACCUUUGCCAGCACCAGAUCAACGAGUGCGAGUCGAACCCUUGCCAGUACGGCGGCAUAUGUCAGGACCUCAUCAACGGGUACCAGUGCCUCUGCAAGGCCGGUACCUCGGGUCCCAACUGCGAGAUCAACGUCAACGAGUGCUACAGCAAUCCAUGUCGCAACGGUGCUAGAUGCGUCGACGGUAUCAACAGUUACACCUGCGAGUGCGUACCGGGAUUCACGGGCCGCCAUUGCGAGAACGACAUCGACGAGUGCGCGUCGAACCCGUGCGCAAACGGGGGCGUCUGCAUCGACAUGGUCAACGGUUUUCGCUGCGAAUGCCCCAGGGGUUACUACGACGCGCGCUGCCUCAGCGACGUCGACGAAUGCAAGUCGAAUCCGUGCAGACACGGGGGUAGCUGCGAGGACGGCGUCAACCAGUUCAUCUGUCACUGUCUACCCGGUUACGGCGGCAAACAAUGCGAAAUCAACAUCGACGAAUGCGCCUCGAAUCCUUGCCAACAUGGCGGCAUAUGCCACGACCACCUCGCUUCGUAUACGUGCGAGUGUCUGGCCGGAUAUUCCGGCAUCAAUUGCGAAUCGAAUAUUGACGACUGCGCCGUCAACCCGUGCAAGAACGGCGGUUCGUGUAUCGAUCUGGUUAACGAUUACAAAUGCGUCUGCGAGCUGCCGUUCACCGGCAGAGAGUGCCAGGACAGGCUCGAUCCGUGUUCGCCCAACAGAUGUCGCCACAACGCAAAGUGCACGCCCAGCUCGAACUAUAUGGACUUCGCGUGCACCUGCAGCUUGGGCUUCACCGGGAGGUUCUGCGAGCAGGACGUCGACGAGUGCGUCGUUUCCAAACCGUGCAGGAACGGCGCCACCUGCAGGAACAUCAACGGAUCGUAUCAGUGCAUAUGCGCCAGAGGUUACGAGGGCAAAGAUUGUUCCAUCAAUACCGACGACUGCGCCUCGUUCCCGUGCCAGAACGGUGGCACGUGCCUCGACGGUAUCGGCGAAUUCAUGUGCCUCUGCGUCAGCGGUUUCGAGGGCAAACAAUGCGAGAUCGACGUGGACGAGUGCCUAUCCAGCCCGUGCAAGAACGGAGCCACUUGCAACCAAUACGUCGCCUCUUACACUUGCACGUGUCCGUUGGGUUUCUCCGGCACCAACUGCCAAACCAACGACGAGGACUGCACCGAGAGCAGUUGCAUGUACGGCGGCACGUGCAUAGACGGCAUCAACUCGUACACUUGCACGUGCAAGCCGGGCUAUACCGGUUCCAAUUGCCAGAACCGGAUCAACCUCUGCGACAGCUCGCCGUGUAGGAACGGUGCCAAUUGCCAGGACCACACCACCCAUUACACGUGCCAUUGUCCGUACGGGUACACGGGCAAGGACUGCGGCGAGUACGUGGAUUGGUGCGCGACAGAUCCGUGCGAGAACCAAGCCACGUGUCACCAGAUCAAGAACCAAUAUCAGUGCACGUGCGGUCCAGGGUGGACCGGCAAAGUAUGUGACGUCGAAAUGGUGAGCUGCAAAGACGCGGCCGCGAGGAAGGGCGUCCCCUGGAAAGUCCUAUGUAAUAACGGCACGUGCGAGACGAUCGGCAACUCCCAUCGUUGCCAUUGCAAGGAAGGUUACACCGGGUCGUACUGUCAGAAGGAGAUCAACGAAUGCGAGACGGCGCCGUGUCAGAACGGCGCCACCUGUCGGGAUUUGAUCGGGUCGUACUCGUGCGAAUGUUCGAAGGGUUUCCAAGGGCAGAACUGCGAACUCAACGUAGACGAUUGCCAGCCGAAUCCGUGCCAGAACGGUGGCACGUGCCACGAUCUGGUGGAUAAUUUCUUGUGCUCGUGUCCGUCGGGCACCCUCGGUUACCUUUGCGAGAUUAACCACGACGAUUGUAGUUCGGACGCGUGCCACAAUGGCGGCACCUGCGUCGACAAAGUGGGAGGGUUCGAAUGCAAAUGUCCGCCAGGUUUCGUGGGUCCACGAUGCGAGGGCGACAUCAACGAGUGCCUGUCGAACCCGUGCUCGAACCCGGGCACCCUCGACUGCGUCCAACUCGUCAACGACUACCACUGCAACUGCAAGGCCGGCUACAUGGGCCGCCAUUGCGAGAAAAAGGUCAACUUUUGCGCCGCUUCGCCUUGCCAAAACGGGGGCGUCUGCACCACCAUCCACAAAGGUCACAAGUGCACGUGCCAGGAGGGUUUCUACGGCAAAAAUUGCGAGUUCAGCGGCUACGACUGCGACUCGGACCCUUGCCUUAACGGCGGCAUCUGUAGGAUAUCCGACGACGAAGGCUACGUGUGCGACUGUCCCGUCGGCACCACCGGCGUCAACUGCGAAACCGACUCGCUGAACGAAUGCGACGGUAACCCUUGCCAGCACCCGAACGCCAUCUGUCAGGAUAAACUCGGCGACUACGACUGCUACUGCCCGCCCCAAUACACCGGCAAAAACUGCGAGAUCUACGACAGGAACGCGGCGGGGGGUUUGGGCAAACCCGCCAAGUCGCAGGAGACGUUCAACGCGUUCUACGAGCGCGACCUCGAGCGCCAACGGCAACAGUGUAUCCAGAACAAGUGCCCGUUGAAACGUGGCAACAGGCGCUGCGACGAAGAAUGCAACACGUACGCGUGCGACUUCGACGGCAACGAUUGCUCUUUAGGCAUCAACCCUUGGGCGAACUGUACCGCCCCCAUCAAGUGUUGGGAGCAUUUCGGCGACGGCGUAUGUAACGAGGAAUGCAACACGCCGCAGUGCCUUUUCGACGGUCGCGAUUGCGAAAAGAAAUUGCAACCGUGCAACCCGAUCUACGACGCGUACUGUCAGAAGCACUACGCGAACGGACACUGCGACUACGGAUGCAACAACGCCGAGUGCAACUGGGACGGUCUGGAUUGCGAGAAGGAACCGCCCGAACUGGCCGACGGCGUUAUCUCGAUGGUGGUGCUCAUGGACAUGCAAGCGUUCAAGAAGAAUUUGGUAGCGUUUUUGCGCGACACGAGCCACCAACUGAGGACGACGGUACGCGUGAAAAAAGACCAAUUAGACAACGACAUGAUAUACCCGUGGGUGGGCAACACCCGUACCGGUCUGGAAGACGACUUCUUCAAACGCAAGCACCACGUCGCGUUCACGGAACAAGCGCAGUCGGGGGUUAAGGUGUACCUGGAGAUCGACAACAGGAGAUGCACCUCAUUCUCGGAGAACCUCGAGUACUGUUUCCAGACGGCGAGCGCGGCGGCCGAGUUCCUAGCUGCCAAAGCGUCCAAACACACGCUGUCGCAGUCGUUCCCCAUUUACCAAGUGAACGGAUCGUCCGAUUUCGACGACGACGUGCCCGCCUCGACCAACGGCAAGUACGUCGUCAUGGGUAUCCUGCUGGUCAUCUGCUUGUCGGGCGUUAUUUUCGUCGUCAUCCAGACUCAGCGGAAACGGGCGUCGGGCAUCACGUGGUUCCCGGAAGGGUUCCUUCGGACCAACUCGGGUACCCGGAGAAGAAGACGCGGGCCCGAAGGUCAGGAGCUACGUAACCUCUCCAAGAACGCUUCGAUUCCCGGAAUGGAACUGGACUCGCAGCACGGCGGGCACGUGUCUCAAUAUUCUGACGACGACAGCUAUCCCAGCUACCCGCUGCCUCCGAAACGCGGCAGAGUAGGGGUGGAGCCGGGCUACGCGAGCGAUCACACCGCCAUCACCGACUACGAGGAGGCGGAGCCUCGUUGGACCCAAACUCACUUGGAAGCGGCCGACAUCAGGCCGGCCGCCAUGCUGACCCCGCCCCAGGGCGAAAACAAUCACGACAUCAACGCCCGUGGACCGUGCGGUUUGACGCCCAUCAUGGUGGCGGCUGUCAGGGGCGGGGGGAUGGAUACGGGGGAGGACGACGAGGACGACGCCGCCGGAGCCGUCAUCCAAGACUUUUUGGCGCACGGCGCCGACCUGACCGCGACGGUGGACAAAACGGGAGAGACGCCACUGCAUUUGGCCGCCCGAUACGCCCGAGCGGAUCUGGCCAAACGACUUCUGGACCACGGGGCCGAUGCCAACGCCCAAGAUAAUACGGGACGCACGCCGCUGCACGCGGCAGUUGCUGCGGACGCGCUGGGCGUGUUCCAAAUCCUGUUGAGAAACAGGGCGACCAACCUGAAUUCCCGAAUGAACGAGGGCACCACUCCGCUCAUUCUGGCCGCCAGACUCGCGAUCGAAGGGAUGGUCCAAGAUUUGAUCAGUGCCGAGGCCGACAUCAACGCGGCCGACAACUCCGGCAAGACGGCCCUCCACUGGGCCGCAGCGGUCAACAACGUAGAGGCCGUCAACAUAUUGCUCGCACACGGUGCUAACAGGGACGCCCAAGACGACAAAGACGAGACGCCACUGUUUUUGGCAGCUCGCGAGGGUUCCUAUCAGACGUGCAAAGCCCUUCUCGAGGCCUACGCGAACCGAGAAAUCACCGAUCACAUGGACAGGCUGCCCAGGGACAUAGCCAGCGAGCGUCUCCAUCACGACAUCGUGCGAUUGCUCGACGAGCACGUACCCAGGAGUCCUCAAAUGGUCAGCGUCGUGUCCAAUAAUCAAAUCAUGACGACUAGCGGGCACAUGCUCCAGCAACCUACCGUCAUCGUUCCCAAAAGGCAGAAAUCGAAACGACCUGCCAAAGCGGCAGGACCCACCAGUCCCCAAGACGGUAUCGACAAUCCCCUGGGACAGAACGGCAACGGCAGCGUGCGACGCAAGGCGAGCAUCAAAAGGUCGAACAACAACAACAAAAAGGCUCAGGGGGGCGUGGCCCAGAUCGGCGAGAUGCCGCCUCAGAGCGCCGACUCGGUGGGCUCGACUUUGAGUCCCGUCGAAUCGCCGAUGACGAAUCUGCCGAGUCCUUACGACGCCACGUCCUUGUACUCGAAUAUGGGCUUAACCGCCCAGGGUCUGGAGUCCCUUAUGGCCAGCAAGCAGCCGCCUAGCUACGAGGACGUCGUGAAGAGCACGCUCCAGUUCACGUUGGACAACAACUACAGCGCGUUCAACAUAUUUCAGGCGCAAGACGCGCUAAUGAUGCAACAGAGACAGAUGCAAGCGAACACCCUCAGCCCGCCCUAUUCGAAUCAGUCCCCGCCCCAUUCGGUGCAGAGCAAUAUGUCGUUGUCUCCUCAAGGCUACAACGGGUCACCGUCGCCGGCAAAGACGAGACCCUCGUUACCGACGAGCCCCACCCACAUCGCGGCGAUGCGCGCCGCCACCCAGCAAAAGCACGGGGGCGUUCCCCAAACUCAAAACCUCCAAAUGGGGUUCGACUUCAGCCAGACCGGGCUCGAGAUGCCUCUCCCUUACACGGCGGCGGGCAUGGGCGCGGCCGUGCAAGCGAUGCAACAGACCCAGCAACAGCAGCAACAACAGCAGCAACACCAGCAGGCGCAACAAUUCCAGCAGCAAAACUUUUACAUGACGCCGCCCUCUCAACACUCGGAUCACCUCUUGCCCGACAACUUUCCGACACCGAGUCCCGAGAGUCCCGGGCAUUGGUCCUCGAGCUCGCCACGUUCCUGCAAUUCCGAUUGGUCGGAAAACGUGGCAAGUCCCAAUACGGCGACGUACGUUGCAGCGUCUAGCGUCGGCGGACACCAGACUAACAAGGGCUCGGACGCCAUCUACAUUUGAACGUUGUGAACGUGGUGAUGGUGGUGGUGCGAAGUUUGUUAUCUGAGAGUGUUUUUUUCGAGGACUCGCGGCUUUCAUACAACUGAUUGGUCUCAACGGAUCUUUUUUUUUUGUAUUUUUGUAUUAUACGAGUUGUGUUGUUGCGGCUCAAAGAUGGCGCGAAAGGAAAUUAUUUAUUCACACUUAAAUCGCCCCGGUCCAUGAAGUACUACUAUUUAGCGGAAAAAUAUCGCGAUAUUUAUUACGAUUAGAAAUCCAAUAUUUUUUAUGAUAUUUUUAAACAGGGGGGGCGCUGGGGACGUCGCUUCGUAUCGUUAAAGCGAUUUUUAUU